UCAGAAAGUGACUGAUCUUAAAAACGAAAGAAAUGUUGAACAUUCAUCAGUGUACUGCUGCAGAAUCACCGCAUCCUUAUUUCUCACAACUAAACCUUAUUUGAUUGUUGAGAUUUCGGAGACUGAAAACACAUCUGGAGUCUGAAGGGCUGAGCUCUUUUACCCUGGUGUAUGUGUGAUCGAGCUCACAGACGAGAACAUGGGCGAGUGACAUCGCAACGCUCAGAGCUGGGACGUCUCCGCUCCACACAUUUUCAGAUGCAUACUGGGAUGAAAACGGCAUCAUGCAGACUCUGGCGAUGAUGAUGAUGAUGAUGAUGUCGUCAUAUUCAGCUCUUGCAGAUCAAAGUUUAAAGUGUUAUAAUGAUUAUUACAACACCUUCACAUGUGUUUGGGACACCUCAAAUCUGGACGUGAUCCCUCCGAUCCGACCCGAGACCGAAUGCUGGAUUACAGUAUCAGUUGAGAAGAGGUCAACUCGUUUGAGUAAUUUGGAGAAAAAGGACGCAACUUUGAUUGCAGACCCGAUGCAGCCUCACAUACGCUCUGCAACCGUGGUCUUUCAAAGCAAGAGAGGUAUAAUAAUUUCAGUAGCCGAAUUGCAUGAAGAAGUCCGGUGUAAAAACUACACAAAUCCUGUGGCUGAAAUAGCAAAACAUAAAGCAGCAGUUAGUGCUGUGAAAGUGGCUCCUCCUCAGAAAGUGGACGUUCACGGGGGCAAUGUUUCUUGGAGUUGGGAUUCUUUAAAACCCUUUUUAGAUGCUGAGUUUGGGGUCCAGUACAGAUCUGCUGCUCAGAGCUGGAAGGAUGUGGAGGAUAUUAUCGUAAAAACUACAGAACCUGAAUUGGAGCUGCCAAAGGACAAUUUACUCUUAAAUCAUCAGUAUGUGAUCAGGGUGAGAGUCAGGUAUCAAAGGGAAGACAUGCCCAAUGCUGUGUGGAGCGACUGGAGUGAAGAGUACAGCUGGACGUCUGAUGUGGGUCAGACACCCCAAACAACAGAGAUUCUCCCGCUGGAUUCUUCGAAGGCAGGAAUCAUGCUCUCAGGAAUCACUCUGGCCAUCAUAUUAAUCCUCACUAUUCUCGUCAAGUGCAAGAGAACCAACAGGAAUGUGGCUGGUUCAUCUUUCAGGGUCCAGAAGAAGGGCUCCACGUAUAUUCCUGAUCCCUCCAAAUUCUUUGGUGAUCUGAACUCCAGCCACAGAGGGAAUUUCAAGUCCUGGCUGGGGACGGUUUCAGUGCACGAGAGUUUCAUCAGAGUGGACACUGAGUUCAUCAGUCCGGUCGAGGUCGUGAAGCUGCAGGACGCCUGCGAUUCCCGAAGCACACACAGAAACAGCGGCAGUCUGCAGGACACAUGGAGCGACAACGUCAAAUUCUCCAACUUCUCAAACUCCACCUACUUCCUGUCCCAGAGUUCCAAGGGGCCGAGCGACACUCUGGAGCCCUGCUCGGCGCACUCCUCCUACGGGCCAGCGGGGGGCGUCAGUGGCUCGGAGACGCUUCCUCAGCGCAUCGCCGAAGAGAUGGACGGAGAGGAGCUGGAAUUCUCUCUGAAGAAGCUGGAGAAGCUGCGCCAGGACACGCAGAGUCCAGAUUCAGGUUUCGCCGGCGGAGCCGAGGAUAGCAUGGAGGAGACGGAGCUGCCCAGUCCUCUGUGCUUGACCCUGACCCCUCUGCUGCCCCAGGAUCUGCCCACGCCGCAGCCGAGCAGACACCCGCUCCUGGACCUUCAGCGCAUGGAUCUGCUGCUGCGACCCAGCUGCACGAUACCUGGCUUAGACCUGGACCUCCAGAGCGGCUGUGGGCUGAUAGAGCCCUCUAGUGACGAUUACAUGCCAGUGAAAAACGUGCAGCGUUAGUGUUGAGGGCCAGAACGGAUUUAACGUUAUCAGAUAGAAGCACGCUUUGGGCUACACAGAAAUUGACGAGCUCAAUCUAACUGCGGUGAAAAUGAGGAAGUUUGAGAGCUAGUUUUGCGCCGUCUGUCACUGCUCUGAAGCAUUCGUUCUGUCAUCUUCUGCUCAUCCUCAUUCAGUGAAACACAGCGCUACAGAAAGAGAUUCAGUGUUUCAGACUAUGGGCAGCUGUUAUGAUACUUAUAUGAGACCCUGAAGCACAAAACCAGUCAUAAGUGUCAGUUUUCGAAAUUGAGAUGUAUGCAUCAUCUGUGCGCUGAAUAAAUGAUCUCUCCAGUGAUGUGUGGUUUGUUCGGAGGACAAUAUUUGUCUGAGAUACAACUAUAUGAAAAUCUGGAAUCUGAGGGAGCAAAAACAUCUAAACAUCUAUAAUAUCUUUAAAGUUGUUCAAAUGAAGUUCUUAGCAAUGCAUAUUACUAAUCAGAAAUUAAGUUUUGAUAUAUUUAUGGUAGGAGAUUUACAUAAUAUCUUCAUGGAACAUGAUCUUUACUUAAUAUCCUAAUGAUUUUUGUCAUAAAAGAAAAAUUGUUCAUUUUGACCCAUACAAUGUAUUGUUUUCUAUUGCUACAAAUAAACCCCAGAGACUUAAGACUGGUUUUGUGCUGCAGGGACACAUAAAGUUUACAAUUUCAUUGCAUAGAAAAGAGCAACGUGGACUUUCUGUUAAACAUUUCCAUUUGAGUUCCAGAGAAAAAAGACAGUUCUUCAGUUAAACCGCUUAACGGUUAGUCAUCUAACUUUACUUUUUAAGGCUAGAUUGGACUCAUUUGAAUCUGAAAUUAGACUGCUUAUCACUUGGUUAAUGCUAACUGGUCAAACUGGCUCUCAACACCAGGGUUUACUGGUUUGGAAUGACGUAAUGGUGUGUAAAUGAUGAGUUUUGGUGGUUGACACGACAGGAUCUGCUUGUGUGUGUGCAGAUGAUGUGUCUCAGUAGGUUUGUGUGACGUAAAUGCAGUCACAAAGGAAACACAAAGGACCACUUCCUGUUUCUUUUCACAAAAAUUCUAAGAUUCAGUUUACAUGGAACGACUCUAAACUAUAUGUUUAGAAAAUGAUUCCUUUCAGAUGAGAUGACUUAUAACAUUCUUCACCCUGAAUAUUAUCGUAAUAUAUCAUUUCUAUUUAUAAGAUGUUUGGCAGCAGGGACAUUAAGGCUAAAAUGAGAGCGAAACAAGUGAAACGUUGUUUUGAGUUGCUUGCACUUAUCACAGUUAUUGGCAUAUUAUGAUAUUUUUAUAUAUAAUUUCAUGUCAUGUGUUUGAUUUCUGCAUUGAAAUGUAUGUUCAAAACGAUGUCUGCUGUUUUGUUGAAUGUAAGAGAAGCCAGUUUGCUGCUAAAUAAUAUAUUAAAGCAUCUUUGUGCUCA